AAUAAUGGUUAAGAGAGAGCCCUUCAUGUCUGCGAGCCUUCUAUAUAAGCUUUAUUUGUUAGUUGUUGCUUCAAUAUGAGCAAUCUGAUCUGAUAUACAGCAGAGAAGAUAUAUAAUUAAGUGGGUACAAAGAUAUCUAUAUGGCAAGAAAAAUGACCGUUGGUUUGUGGGUUCUCCUACUUCACCUCUCCCUCCUACUGCUCAAACCAGAAGCUGCAGAUUCUCGUGCUCCUCGACAGGCUUACAUCGUUUAUAUGGGGGACACCCCAGAGGAUGGAUUUUCUACAUCUUCUCUCCAUACAAGCAUGCUGCAAGAGGUUCUUGGCAGCAACGAUGUAUCGGCAUCCCUUCUCUAUAGCUACAAGAAGAGCUUCAAUGGGUUUGCUGCCAUGUUAACUGAGGACGAGAAGACGAGGAUUGCUGAUAUGAAUGAAGUAGUUUCAGUAUUUCCCAACAAGAAAUAUCAACUUCACACAACACGGUCAUGGGACUUUAUGGGUUUUUCCCAACAAGUCAAAAGAACAACCAUUGAGAGCAACAUUAUCAUUGGAGUUCUCGACUCCGGAAUUUGGCCGGAGUCCGAGAGCUUUGUCGAUAAAGGAUUUGGCCCGCUGCCAAGCAAAUGGAAGGGCACCUGCCAAGUCUCUUCCAACUUCACAUGCAAUAAUAAAGUUAUCGGUGCACGGUUCUACCGGAGCGACGGGGAGUAUGCCAAGGAAGACGCAAAGUCUCCGAGGGACACAGACGGCCACGGAACACACUGCGCAUCCACAGCAGCCGGAGGCGCAGUUGGCAUGGCGAGCCUGAUGGGGUUCGGCAUGGGAACUGCGAGAGGAGGCGUGCCAGCGGCCCGGAUUGCAGCGUACAAAGUAUGUUGGUCAGACGUCUGCCGAGCCGCCGACAUUCUGGCGGCGUUUGACGACGCCAUUGCCGAUGGUGUUGAUAUAAUCUCCAUCUCAGUUGGAGGGGGCUAUCCAACAGAUUAUUUUGAGGAUCCAAUAGCAAUUGGAGCUUUUCAUGCCAUGAAAAAUGGGAUAUUGACAUCCACCUCAGGGGGUAACGACGGACCGAACCUUGCCACCAUUUCGAAUGUAGCUCCUUGGCUUCUUUCAGUUGCUGCUAGCACCACUGACAGGAAGUUCUUGACCAAGCUUCAGUUGGGUGACAAUCAAGUCUACCAGGGAAUUUCCUUAAACACAUUCAAGAUGCAGAAAAAAUAUCCCAUGAUCUAUGCUGGAGAUGCUCCAAAUACUACAGCAAACUUCACUGGUUCCAUAUCCAGGUACUGCCUCGGAGGCUCGCUGAACCCGAACUUGGUGAAGGGUAAAAUCGUUCUCUGCGAUGGUAUCGGUAACGGUAUCAUCAGUACCGGGGAAACAACGCUGUUGGCCGGCGCAGCUGGGGCUGUGACGCAAGUGACAGGCUUGAGGGAUUUUGCUUCCUCUUAUCCUCUUCCAGCAGCUGUAGUAGGAGAUGAUGGUGGUAGCGCUAUUCUCAGCUAUAUCAACUCCACCAGCAAUCCAAAGGCAACUAUAUUCAAGAGCAAUGAGGCCAAUGAUACUCUGGCUCCCUAUGUGGCCUCCUUCUCAUCCAGGGGUCCAAAUCUCGUCACAACUGAUAUACUCAAACCGGAUAUAGCUGCUCCUGGAGUCCACAUCCUAGCAGCAUGGUCACAGGCUUCAUCGGUGACAGGAGUAAAAGAAGACCGAAGAAGAGUAACCUACAACAUGGUAUCCGGGACAUCAAUGGCAUGCCCACAUGCUUCUGCCUUGGCUGCCUACAUCAAAUCCUUUCACCCUACAUGGUCCCCUGCUGCAAUCAAGUCUGCCAUGAUGACUACUGCCCUUCCCUUGAGCGUGGAAACUAGCCCAGAAGCAGAGUUUGCGUACGGUUCAGGCCAUAUGAAUCCCCUUAAAGCGACAAACCCUGGCCUUGUAUAUGAUGCAGAUCCAGUUGACUACAUCAAGCUUUUAUGCGGACAGGGCUACAAUAACACCGCCUUGCGACUCGUCACCGGCGAGAAGAGAACUUGCUCGGAUGUUGGCAGAAAUGGGACAAUGUGGGACCUAAACCUUCCAUCCCUGACCCUUUCAACCAUGGCCUUGACGCCAUUUAACCAGACAUUCAAGAGGACGGUCACAAAUGUUGGGCUACCCUCAUCCACAUAUCAUGCCAGACUGACUAAUCAUAAUUCUGCACAGGCACUUAGGAUCAGCGUCGAACCCACAGUUCUGACAUUCACGUCUCUCGGGCAAAAGCUAGGGUUUUUGGUGAAGGUGGAAGGAGCAAUAGGAGCAACAAGGGUGUCUGCUUCUUUGGUGUGGGAUGAUGGCACACAUCAAGUGAGAACCCCCAUUGUUGUCUAUGCUUCACAAAUACUACCUACUUCAUUGUUCUAGUUACGUGAUGAUAAGACCAGUAGAGGCUCCAGUAAUAAGAGUGGAUGGAAUGCAAUAAAUAUCCUUCAAAAGAGGUAGAGAAAAAUCAAAAAGAACUUGUGGGAGAAAACAACAACAACAUACAACAUAUCCGGCCGUUAUCCCACUAUGUAGGGUUGGCUACAUGAACUCUAGACUUCUAUGUGGGUUGCAUCCCAACAGAUAGUUUGUCUAGAAUUCAUAUUUGGAUCCGACUAGGUUUUACGCUAGCUGUCGGCUACCUAACGCAAGCCUCCUCCUUUAUCCGGGAUUGGGACCUGCAGUAGAUAAUAUCCCCUGGCGGAAUAAUGAUGAAAUGGAGUUUGAAUACCAUCUUCACAUGGAGAAGUUUCAUGAGAUGGUGGUGAAUGAAGAUAAUUGAUAUAGUUGUGUUUCCAUAACUUAAGUGCAAAAUGAAUUACAAGAGCCAUACAGAAGAUAGGGCUAUAAGUAAAAGUGAUUAGCAAUUUAGAAUUUAUAUAAUUAAUCUCAUGGUGGGAUAAAGACAUAAUAUGUCAUUAUUAUUAUUGUUUUUAUUUUCCUUGCAUAUCAAAAUAGAUUAUACUAAAAAUUUCAAGGUGCUUAA